UCUGUUACAGCUUUUGGAAGAAUAUAAAUGAGUACCUGUAAGCAAUUAAAUAGUAUUUUAGAUGAUUAAUAUGCAUGACAUGGGUGGUGCCAUUGCCGCAUUGACCAAUAGUAUUUUGACUCUCCAACACGUCGUUACGCUCGAUGACGUGCUGCGCUUGCGGAACAGGGUGUCAGCGUCCUUUCUGCGGCUGCAGCAGCUAGGAUUUGAAACCAAAAUUAUAGGUUAACAGCCAUACAUUUAACCCUGUGUGCAACAAUAACCUCUUGAAUGUAUUGGAGAUGUCUGCGACUGACUGGUACGCGCAUAAGUCGCUGGAAAAUGGCGUGUUUUGGAUCCAGGAGCGGUUUUAUGAAUCGGGGAACAGGGCGAAUAUCUGGCUCAUACGCGGGUCCCAUCAGGACGUGGUCAUCGAUACCGGACUGGGUUUACGGAGUCUGCCUGAAUACAUCAAUAGUAAAGGGCUGCUAGGGGACGAUUCGAAGCGCAAGAACCCGCUUUUAGCCAUUGGCACGCAUGUGCAUUUUGAUCAUUCGGGAGGGCUGCAUCAGUUUCAACAGGUGGGCGUGCACAAGGCGGAGGUGGAUGCUCUGGCUAACGGUGACAAUUUCGAGACCGUGACAUGGUUAUCUGACCGCGAGAUCGUGGAGGAUCCGGCGCCUGGAUGGCGAGCAAGACGGUACAGAGUCAAGGCGGUUACGCCAACACACAUAUUACAAGAAGGCGAUGUUAUCAACCUUGGGGACCGACAGCUUACUGUUCUCCACAUGCCGGGCCAUUCCAGAGGCAGCAUUUGUCUCCAUGACAAGGAGAACAAAAUGCUGUUCAGUGGAGACGUGGUCUAUGAUGGUUCCAUGAUUGAUUGGCUUCCAUACAGCCGGAUCAGCGACUACAUUCAUAGCUGCGAAAGGCUGGUUAAGAUGGUCGAUAAAGAGGAGAUUGACCAGGUCAUGCCUGGCCAUUAUAACACUUUUGGGAGCAAGCGUUUACACCGGUUAGCCUCCAACUACAUCGCUAGAGCUGACGCCUGCCACAGAGCCUCCACCUGCUUGGUGAAGUCCAUUGCCAGCCUGGCACUUCGAGCCUCCAACUCGAGAAGUGCCUGCUAGUAGUUAUGAAAAGGACUACUGUGCAACAACAUGUCAUUGCAGACCUCAAUAUAUGAAAACACUGAGCAAUACAGUGUGCUAAUGAUAUACAUAAAUUAAUACAGUUUGAUAAUAUUGUUUGUGAUCAAGGAUCAAAAUAAUAAAAAAAAGCUGCAUAAUAUCCAUCAAAAGCAUCAAGAAGAAUAGUAGACUCAUAUUUUAAAGGGGUCAUAUGAUGCUGCUAAAAAGAACAUUAUUUUGUGUAUUUGGUGUAAUGCAAUGUGUUUAUGCGGUUUAAGGUUCAAAAAACACAUUAUUUUCCAUAUAAUGUACAUUAUUGUUUCUCCUCUAUGCCCCUCCUUUCUGAAAUGCGUAAAUUUUUUCAAAGCCCAUCGUUCUGAAAAACCGAGGUGUGCUCUGAUUCGCCAGCUAUUCAGUGCAUUGUGAUUGGCCGAAUGCUUAAUGA